AUGAUUAAUAAAUCAGAAAUAAAUGAAUCUAUUGCUCGAACAUUACUUGUUCGCCUUGAAGAAUUACACGUCCCACUGAUGGUUUUACAAAGAACUGGUAUUGGAAAAACUGUUAAUGAACUACGACGAACUAUUACGAAUGAAAAUCUGGCUACAAUGACUAAGAAUUUAUUGAAGAACUGGAAAAAACUUCUUCCUAACUCUUUCGUUAAAGACAAUAAAUCAACAACUACUCAAUCGACAAUUUCGAAUAGUAAUGUUCCAUGGUACACAGCUGAUAAUGCAAGACUCAAAUCACGUGAAUUACUGGUAAGUGCAUUAUCGAUCAAUGCAAUUCCUGAAGGUUCGAGUGAUCCAGAAGAACUAUGUGCUCGUAUUGAAGAUGCUAUUUUCAAAGAAAUCAAAGAUACAAAAAUUCAAUAUGGACGUCGUAUUCGUAGUCGAAUAUUUAAUUUGAGAGAUACGAAGAAUCCUGAUCUUCGUACUAAAGUACUUGCUGGUAUUAUAACACCAGAACAAUUAGCUGUGAUGACUACUCAAGAAAUGAUCAGUGAUACUUUAAAGAAAGAAUGCGACAAGUUGAAAGAAAUAACUCAUCGUGAAAGUUUAUUAGGAGUCGAUGAUGGUAUUGGUUGUGAUCUUAUUCAAUGUGAACAAUGUAAGAAAAAUAAUUGUUCAUAUUCGGAACUUCAAACACUUAGUGGAGAUGAACCCAUGACUCUAUUCGUAUUAUGCAGAAAUUGUGGUCAUCGAUGGAGAGGAUGA